CGUGUGCUGUCAUCAUAAAAUGGCGGCCUGAGGCGAACGGACUCGGUCUCGCCUUCCUCAGGCCAAGACGCUCCAUCCCUCUACCAAAAUGCAGUAUUCCCAUCACUGUGAGCACCUUCUAGAGAGACUGAACAAGCAGCGAGAGACAGGCUUCCUUUGUGACUGCACGGUAGUUAUUGGUGAAUUCCAGUUCAAAGCUCACAGAAAUGUGCUUGCCUCCUUCAGCGAGUACUUUGGUGCAUUUUACAGGGAUGCCUCUGACAGUAAUGUGAUUUUGGAUCAGACUCAAGUGAAGGCUGAUGGAUUUCAGAAACUCCUGGAGUUUAUAUACACGGGAAACUUAAACCUUGACAGUUGGAAUGUUAAAGAAAUUCACCAGGCUGCUGACUAUCUCAAAGUGGAGGAGGUGGUCACUAAAUGUAAAAUAAAGAUGGAAGACUUUGCUUUUAUUGCUAAUCCCUCCUCUACAGAGAUUUCUAGUAUUACGGGAAACAUUGAACUGAACCAACAGACGUGCCUCCUCACUCUUCGAGAUUACAAUAAUCGAGAGAAAUCAGAUGCCCCUUCUGCAGACUCAGUUCAGCCACAAGCAAAAAAAGUGGGUUUAGAAAAGAAAUCUACUCAGACCAGAAAGCGAAAAAAGACUUUUAACUCUCAGAAAAACAUGAAGAAUAAACCAGUGCAAUAUCAGAAUGACAUAAUUGAGAACUCAUCAGUUGAUAUGUUUUUAGAUGCAAAUAAACUUGCCACACAGAUAACGGAACAAGCUGCCCAAGGCAGCGAUAACUCAGAGCUACAGCUAGCGUCUGUGGUGGAAAGUGAAACUUUUGCAGCACAAGAUGUUUUGGUUCAGACUAUUACAGUGAAACAAAAACGGGGGAAGCCACAGCAGAACUGUGCAUUGAAAGAACAUAGUAUGUCUAAUAUAGCUAGUGAAAAGAACUCUUACCAACUGGAGAGCUCUGGAGAAGAACUCGAUCAGAAAUACUCCAAGGCCAAACCAGUGUGCAACACUUGUGGGAAAAUAUUUUCAGAAGCCAGUAGUCUACGACGACACAUGAGAAUACACAAAGGAGUAAAGCCUUAUGUAUGUCAACUCUGCGGGAAAGCAUUUACACAGUGUAAUCAGCUGAAAACACAUGUCAGAACGCACACAGGGGAGAAGCCAUACAAAUGUGAAUUGUGCGACAAAGGCUUUGCCCAGAAAUGCCAGCUAGUUUUCCACAGUCGCAUGCAUCAUGGAGAAGAGAAACCAUAUAAAUGUGAUGUAUGCAAUCUGCAGUUUGCAACUUCAAGCAAUCUGAAGAUCCAUGCCAGGAAGCACAGUGGUGAGAAGCCCUACGUGUGUGAUAGGUGUGGGCAGAGGUUUGCUCAGGCCAGCACACUGACGUACCAUGUUCGUCGCCAUACAGGAGAGAAGCCGUAUGUGUGUGACACCUGUGGGAAAGCAUUUGCAGUGUCCAGUUCUCUGAUCACUCAUUCUCGAAAACAUACAGGAGAGAAACCAUAUAUAUGUGGCAUUUGUGGCAAAAGUUUUAUUUCCUCAGGAGAGCUCAAUAAACAUUUUCGGUCUCAUACAGGUGAAAGACCAUUUAUCUGUGAACUGUGUGGAAAUUCUUACACAGAUAUAAAAAAUUUAAAAAAGCACAAAACAAAAGUUCACACAGGAUCUGAAACCACCCUUGAUUCUAACACAGUUGAUAAUUCCUACAAUGAGCAAGAAUCCAUUCAGAAUCAGAAAAGCCCUUUGUCAGAGUCUGCAGAUGUGAAGCCUUCUGAGAUGUCUUUACCACUUCCUCUUCCCAUUGGGACGGAAGACCAUCAGAUGCUGCUGCCUAUAACUGGUAAUCAGUCUCCUUCCUCAGACACAUUGCUGAGGUCUGCUGUGACUGGAUAUUCAGAACCUCAGUUUAUUUUCCUGCAGCAGUUGUACUGACUCUGUGCGAUAUGGGAAUCAACAAGACAAUCCUGGUAGUGAACACACACAUUAUUGGUAAGGUGAACGUCAUCAUCCAAGAUGUUGGACUUACUCUUACUCAUUCAUUUGAGUGAAGACAUUUGGAUUCCGUGGCCAACUGGUAAUUCUGUGACUGAAGAAUCGCACCAAAAAGCAGGGCCUUGAAUAUAAGUGACAAAGGUCCACUCCAUGUGACCAGAUCUAAGGCUGCAUUUUCUGACCAAAAAUACAGCAAAGGUAUAAGGAUGAACGCAGUUUUAGUAAUUAGUAUUGCACAAAAGAAAAGCCGUCUUAAGCGCUCUGCCAACUCAUAUGGUUACACUGCUAUUUGGCAAGUUCAUCUUUAAAUGUAUUAAAGUACAUCUCUUCUGAUGUGCUAUUACUUAAAAAAAAAAAAAAGUUUAACUUGUUCAGAAUUACUGAGUAAUGCAUAUAUUACCAGAAGAGCAAACUAACUCUGAAAAACACAUUCCUAUGUAGAAUAUGCAUUCCAUAAGAAUGUUUGUUUCAACUGUUUUUAUAUUUCUAAAAUUUUAGAUUACUACAGUAUUCUUACAUUUCAGACUUUUAAAAAAAAAAAAAAAUCCGUGCUUAGAUUUAUACUGGAUCCAGUUUAGAUAUUUAUAGAGGUGACAUUUGCUUUAUAUUACUCAUUUAGUUUUCUUUAUACACAGGAAGAUCAUCAUUUUUACAAGACAACGGUUUUAAACCUCUCUUCACAGAAUACACAGGUUCCAAUAAAGUUGUUCUCUUGCAGCAAUAAUUUAAUGAUCUGUACUCUUGAGUACCAAUUCUUAUCCUCAACUUUGAUGAAAAUGACUCAGCUGCUGAGUUCAUUUCCCUUAAAUAUAUUAAUUUAAUAUAGCAUAUAAUGUAAAAAAAUGUGUAAGAGUUCCAGCUGGGUGCUGUUGAACUUUGAGAGAGAGCUCUACUGCAUAUCUGUGACAAUGCCUGGAGUACUUUCCAUGCAUCUCUUAUGUGGAGGCUUACUGCUCUCAAGUUCAAUUUGGAGCUGGAAGUUAUAUCAAGAGGAUUGAUGGUCCAUGUAAAGAGUGAAUAGGGGGAAAACGUGGACAGCUUAAAUAGUCAAAUCCCGUUAAUAGUUAACCAAAUUUCUCCUUUCUGAAAAAUGAAAGCGGGAGCAUUAAAAUUUCUUUAAAAUCUUGAAAAAGAUUUCUAAAGAAUAUCUCUAGUGUGAUCCAAAUCUCAGCAAGUCCACUAACUUUAAUGGAAGUUUUGCCUGAGGGCUUGACUACUCUUGGAAAUUUACCAAAAUAGCUAGCUAUUCCAGAAUGAAGAGUUAUACCAGAAUAGCUACUCUGCAAUAAUUAUUUUGGUAAAUUCCAAGUGUAGAAAAGCCCUGAAUAAGGAUUACAAGACUGGACUUUGUGAGAGGCUGUUGGUAAGACUUACAGAAAUAGGUCUAGAUAAGAACUAGUAAUUGAUUUGGGUUAAGUUAUUAUUGAAGUAUUUUUCCUGUAUAUACAAAGUGUUUUUCCUUCUGUUAUGUGUAGAUAGUUCAAUUCUUUUUUUUUAUAAUCCCCUGUGGGGGUUUUGUACAUACUUAGGUUGCAGUGUUUAUGUUAGGCUUUAAUAAACUUGUUUUGUAAUUUUCCCUCA